ACUACAAUUCCCAGCAGCCUCCGGGGCCUAGCAAGGGCCGCCGCCAGGAGAGAGACCCGGAAUGUGGAGGUGCACGUGGGGAGCCGGGCAUCGGAUCUGGGGGUCUGUAGGCAGCGGCGGGCCACGCGGCUCGGGGGCGCAUGGGCUCUGUAGUCUCCCCGCUGCCCCUCGCCCCGCGGGCUCUUGGCCCCGGGGCUCAGGCCAAGCCUCCGGGGCGGAUCUCGCCGGGCGAUGGAGGACGCAGAGCGGGUUCGCCUUGGAUGUCAAGGUGCCCCAGGACAUCAUCCUCUACAACUACGACCGGCAUCGGACUUUCUUCGCCCUGGGGUUUUUCUGCAUCGCCCAGGCCGGCUUCUGGGGCUAUCUGGCCUACCUGGCUUUCGACUCCUUUCGGGACCCCGGGGAGCCCCAGGAGGGUGAAAAGAAGAAGAAGAAGCUCCGGUUUCCUUUCACCCAAGGCUUGGAGGCCACCCUGGACGCGGAGAAGUGGCGUUUCGGGUUCACGGGAGCGUGCCUGGCCGCGGGGAUUCUCAUCGUGGGAUCAGCCAGUCUUUUUGCUCGACGCUCCAUAAAGCAGAUUUUGCUGCACCGGGGUGGACAGGAAGUGUCUCUGACCACCUAUUAUCCGUUCGGUUUCACCUCAACCUUCACGGUACCCCUCCGUCAGGUCUCCUGCCCCGCCCAUCGUUCGCAGGCCCGUGCUAUGGUUCCAGUCAAGGUCAAAAAAAGGUCCUUUUAUUACCUGAUCGAUAAACAAGGCGAGUUCACAGAUGCCAACCUUUUUGACCUCACAGUAGGGGCUUACCGGGAACUGUAAAUCAAGUCAUGCCAAGAGAAGGGGGUGCCACCCUGACACUCGUGGUGCCCUGUGGCAGGGGAAGAAGAGGGGAAAGCAUCCAAGAUGGAUGGAUUUAAAUCCAGUGGACCCGAUCGGCUUGGAGCAACGUGCAAACAGCCUAUUAAUCCUUCCACUGUUUUAAAAAAAGAGCUGAGAUUGUGCCAGGCUGUAAGCGUACUGAAAUACCCUGCAGAUCGUGUGCAAUCGCUUUGAAUCUAAAUAAAUGUCUUUUCUUCACACA